AUGGGCUCAAAGUCCCUAGAUGAACUUUGGAAAACCGAAACCGGAGCAAGAGUAGAAGUCGAAACAUUAACCGGACUCCCUAAUGAUACCAGUCUUGAACAGCUAUUUCAAAAUAUGCGUGAAAAUUAUUCACCCAGUGAAUUCGACACCCCUGAUUGCCAGAUGCAUCGCUGGCAUCUUUGGCGAAAAGCAUCGCAAACUGAGCUGGCUCAUUUUUCAAAAAUGAAAUUAUUUGGGAAAUUUUUAGAAUCAAAGGAAUUUUUACAUUCCUUCAACCCGAGCAAAUAUGAUCCAGUAACAGAGGCUGACCUGAAUUGA